AUUUCCGGUUCCCUCCUCUCUGGCUCUGGACCCGGUCGCCAUUUUGAUACAGUUGAGCAGCGCUGAGACGAGACGGCACAACGUUGCAGCUUCCCAUCGACACACACAUCCAAACCGGAGACGCUUUUAGUAAUAAAAGCAGAUAACAAUGAGUGGUUGUCGUGUCUUCAUCGGCCGCUUGAGCCCACACGCCAGGGAGAGAGACGUGGAGAAGUUUUUCAAGGGAUAUGGACGGAUUCGUGAAAUCAACUUAAAGAAUGGAUUUGGCUUUGUGGAAUUUGAUGACCACAGAGAUGCAGAUGACGCUGUUUACGAGUUGAAUGGCAAAGAGCUGUGCAGUGAAAGGGUCACUAUUGAGCACGCUCGCUCCAGAAGAGGAAGAGGUGGCGGCCCUGGAGGAAUGGGAGGACGUUUUAGUGGUGAAGGCGGGGGUGGUGGUGGUGGUGGUGGCGGCGGAAGCAGUGGCGGCGGUGGCUAUCGUCCAUCUCGCAGCAGUGGAUCCAGGUAUGGCCCCCCUGUGAGGACGGAUCACAGACUCAUUGUGGAGAACCUCUCUUCACGAAUCAGCUGGCAGGACCUGAAAGACCUGAUGAGAAAAGCAGGUGAAGUUACCUUUGUGGACGCACACAGGCCCAACAAAAAUGAAGGAGUGGUUGAGUUUGCAUCCCGCAGUGACCUGAAGAACGCCAUCUCCAAGCUGGAUGGAUCAGAGCUGAAUGGACGCAAGCUUAAGAUCUUUGAGGACAGCAGAAGCCACAGCAAGAGCCGCUCCCGUUCCCGCUCCCGCAGCUACUCCCGCUCAAAGAGCCGUUCCAGGAGCCGCCACCGUUCCAGGAGCCGCUCCAGGUCCAUGAGUCGCACCCCGGAGAAGAAGACAUCAGGAGGGGGCAGGGCGUCAGGCAGAUCCCUCUCAAGGUCAAAGUCUCGCUCCAAGUCCCGCUCCAAAUCCCGUUCCAAGUCUCACUCCAAAUCCCGCUCUAAAUCCCGCUCCAAGUCUCGCUCCAAAUCCCGUUCCAAAUCCCGCUCAAAGUCUCGCUCCAAGUCCAGGUCUAAGUCCCGCUCACCUGUUCCUCCUGCUCAGAAGAAGCCGUCCCGCUCCCGUUCUCGUUCACGCUCUCGCUCCCGUUCUCGCUCCCGCUCCGCAUCUGCAGACAGCAAACACUGAGAUCAGUGCACCUGUCGGCCGUAAAAUAGACUGAUAGUUGCUCGCCGCGGGCGUGUAUGGUGGCAUGUGAUUUAUUGUUUCUUUUUAAUGAAGGGGAGGGAAUCACCAUUUACAUGGUUUCUUUUUGAAAUAACAUCUUCAGUCAUAAAUGUGCCCUCAUUGGCUUUGAUUUCUUUUGUUUUUCUUUUUCUGUUAGUUUGGAUGAGCUUCCACAGGAAAAUGUUUGUUCCUAUUCAUUUUUUUUUUUGCCCCCCUCAUAAAAUCCCCAUUUAUUUUUUGCUGGAAUGCUGAGUGACCGAAAACCUUUUUAAUCAGUGGUGAUGCUCGUCACAAUCCUGCAGCCUGUCCUAGCUGUCUGCCAUGUUAUGAUUCCAUCCACUCCCCUGUGCUUUGCGAGUGUUCACAGCAGUUCAAGGUUAGGAGGGAAUGGUAUUCAUUCCCCAAAGUGUUGAUAGGUAUGUUUUUGUCCGCAACGUCUGGCAUCGCUGUGAAACUGUGAUUCUGCUUCUGAUGCUUCUGCACGUGUUGCAUUCACUGCCCUGAUAUGUGAACAGAAAAAAAAUGCAAGCAUCUCAGUCGGUGGUUUAUUUCAGCUUUCAUUGUGUAAUGAUGUUUGAAUCCGGCAUUCAUUUAGUUCAUUUCUGCUGCAUCAGGACCUCGUCUCGUGUUGUGAUUCAUCUUCUUUGCUUUUAAUUAACUUUAACCGCAGCCUCGGAAUGAAGCGUGUUGUGGGUCUGAACUCAAGUGUCUGUUUCAGCAGGAAGAAAUGUCUCUAAAUAAGUUUAUUAAUUUGAUACUAAUAAAACUCUCACUGCAUAUUGUCAUUUAAUUUUUUUAGUAAUGUUCAGAAAGAACAGUGAAUUUUUUUUAAUAUUUUGUGAAUAUGGGUCAUGAGACUCUCAUAUUAAAGUCUCUGCAGUUCAACUGAAUAAAGCUUUCACAAACUGUUAAAA